GAUUUGGGUGGAGGAAGUUAGAAGCUGAAUAGGCUAUAUUAAUUAACUGGAAAGCGCUAUGUACGUCAAAUCUUAGGCUACAAGAUCUUGGUGUGUUAAGGAAUUCUCGUCUUACUCUCUGUAAGAGACCAACGUUUCUCUGAUAAAAUGGGAGACGUCAGUGAGGAGAGGCUAUUGAACUACAUUUAUUCUUUAGGUGGUAAAGUAAAAAAUGCAGAUAUAUUAAAAGAAUACAAACCCUUCAUAAGCCAUAACGACUUGCAACUGCGCGCCAAAUACAGGGAGGACUUCAAAGCCAUCAUUGACCGAAUCGCAGUGGUGAAGUCAGAGAAUGGGGAGAAAUACCUGGUUCUGAAGAAGCGCUACCGACAGCAGCUGCAGGACAGAGAGAGAAGUGGUCAGAUGUCGCUUGCUUGCACUACCCUUCUGUCAGAAGGAGCCAGGACCUCAGCUAUGCUUCACUCUCAGGAGGGCCAGCAUUUCCUGGGCACAGAUGUGGAAGGCAGCUACUCCGAACUGAAGGGGCAGAGGGAGAGAGGGGGAUCUACACCAAUAGUCUGGGAAGGACCAUCUAUCACCAUCACAGAGUCUCUGAGUCAGCAUGAUGAUCAGGAAGUAAAAAGAGAUUCAAUUGUUUUGAGGGAGACGUCCACACUGAACUCAGAGGACACCCCAGAGCCCACUGAUGGAGAGGAUGAGAUGGAGAAGGAGUCGGGGUCAAAGUCAGACAACGAGGAGGAAUGUGCUGGCAAUGACGUUUGUACCUCUGUGGCGCUGGACCCCGUAGAGAAGGACUGGCUUUACUCCGCUGCCUGUGCACAGGUCUCCCACCUCACACUGCUGCUUGAGCAGGAGCCUGCAUUGGUUAACAAAAAGGACUUCACCUCUUUUACAGCUCUGCACUGGGCCGCUAAGCAUGGCAAAGAAGACAUGGCCAGGGCCAUGCUUAAGGCUGGAGCGGACAUCAACACAAGAGCACAUGGGGGUUAUACUCCUCUUCACAUCGCUGCCCUGCACGGCCAUCGACAGAUAAUGGACUUGCUUGUAGGAACCUAUGGAGCAAAGGAAAACCUGCGUGACUACAGCGGACAUUUUGCUCACUAUUACAUAAGCCCAAGAGACUCAGCUGAUGAGGACAUUGAGCUGCAUGUCCCAGAGUGUCAUACAGUCCAGGUGAGUGAGCGCAAGAACAGGAAGUUGGUGUCAUUAUUCCACUCAAAGAAGAAGUGGGGUUCAGCAGAAGAGCUUGCCCCCGUGCCUGAGGAGAGGAGCACACCCCAUCAGCUCAUGAUUCCUGCAUUCCGGACCAGGAAGUUCUCCCGCUAAUAAUCCAGCAUCAACCGUUCACGACCUACAUGAAGACCAAAGCACACAGACUUAUUCUCGCACAAAAACAGAUAACAAUCACCUCAUACAUGCACAGAAUGUUCUUUUUUGCUUGCACAACACAGAUUGAACUGCCAUGCCAUACAUGUUAAGUUUGGAUAUGUUCAUGUCUCACACCCACACUCAUAGACUCACUAUCCAGCAACAUUCCUAGGCAGUUCCUAGCUCAGACAAAUCAAAUUUGUUCAGCUUUGCUUAUCAGGAGGAAACUCUUUCCACAUAGUUGGUUGAGAUGUGGCUAACAAUGGGGACCAUUUUGAUAUGUCUGUGUCGGAGAGGUUGAUUUCUUGGUUUAUUUAGGUUUCAUAUUUAUCCAUUAUUAAUUACCAAGUUUUUAAUGGAAUAAUUAUCUGAUAUUACAAAGUAAUCCAACUGAACAAAAUAUAUAUGUUAAAAUGUCCUUUAUAGGAUUUUUACACAUACAUAAACUAGUUUUAAAAGGGAUGACUCAAGUAUAUUUUCACCAUUUCCUUUCUGAAACACAAACAAUGCAAAGAACCAUUAGUUUAGGUAAUGUUGACAACAAAUGUAUAUUUGUAUAUAUUCUCGCCAAGUGAUACAUGUGAGCCAAGUGAUACCUGAUGUGCUUAAAUGCCAAGAAGUCCCAUUAUAUGCUUAACAGGAGUUUGUCAUUGAUUUCAAAGGCUUAGUGGUUCUCCUGAUGCUAUCACCCGAGCCAUUCAGUAUUGUCCAGUGACUUUUGUUGUCGCUUGACAGUCAGCUCAAUGGGCUAAAUUUAGCAUUUAUUGGUAGUGUCAUUUUUAAGAGUAGUGUUUGGGUGUAUCACUCUUAUCUUGAUUCAUUGUCUGUGUUACAUGAUAAAAUCAGGCUUGUUGCCAAGGCCAAGGGUUUUGUUGACACCAGAAGUGCUUGCCAUAUUGCUUUUUGCACACUGCUAAUCACAUAUAUUAACACUCAUUAAACUAUUUUGAUAUCA